AUGGCGUUGAACGUUGGUAAUUUCAUUUUGAACGAUUGGACGUACAUUCUUAUCGCACUAGUUAUAGUGUACAUUGUCAAGUAUUACUUUUCAUGGUAUACACGGGAGAAUCCAAUUCCGGGAACAUUUCCUUUACCUUUAAUAGGAAAUUUACAUCAAUUGGGACUAGAUAUGGGGAAAGGAGCGCUCAAAUUACAAAAGGAGUAUGGGGACAUGUUUGAAAUAUUUUUAGGACCGACAAGAGCGAUAUUUCUAAGUAGAGCGGAACUUACGGAAAAAAUUAAUAAUCCGAUGUUAAAGAAUAAUGCAUUCUCCAUUCGCUCCCCUCCAAAUCCAGGAUUGAAGGAACUUCACCUGACAGAAUUCGGUAUCAUAUUUAAUAGGGAUUUGACCGCUUGGAAAUUUAAUAGACGUAUAUUAAACCAAACAGUGAUGUCACCAAAAUUCUUGAGGAAGAACGUGGAAUUCACCAAUCAAAUUUGCGAUGACUUGGAAAAGUAUUGGUCUUCGAUUGAUCCUAAUACUAAAGUUGAUUUUGCAAAGUGGAUUACUUGGACAUUAUCGUAA